GCGAAAAAGAUCGUAGGAAAUUUCGGUCGACUGGAGACACGACCGUCUCUUUCUACAGGACGUCCUUCGGGUCACCUCUCCUAUCGCGCCUCGUCGACGAGUACCUCCACCACAGGGACUUUUCGGACCCCCACCUUCCCGCGGCCGCUAUCUCUCCGCGUCCUCUCUCUCUCCAUCGUCACUUAGCGAGUGUACCGCGGUAUCGGUGACUGCUUGGUGUACCCUAGCUCACCUUGCCUGGGUUUCGGCCGAUCGGUACGGCGACGGUAGCCGCACGAUUCGGCACGGCGUUCUCCGUCGAUCGGUCGGACUAUCGAUCAAACGUCAUCGCGACUACGUGUGACUAGUGGUGAUCUGUGUCCUGCUUGUUUGCAUCAUCGAGACCGUAGAUCUAUGGAUCUUGCCCCAGACGCGUCGAUCGCGAGUAUGCAGUGUCAUGUCCGUGUCGUCCGAGAGUCUGCUUUUCGUUGGUACCGAGUUUAACGUUACCCGACAGUUAUUUCGGAUCAUUCGGAGCUAUAUGCACGGAUAUAUCAUUUAUACGAUGAUGUAUCGUGGUGAGUACCGUAGUGUGCAGUGAAUAUGCGGUAAACAAUUUGUAUUUGGUUCGCCAAUCGACGUGUACGAUUUACGCUCGAGCUAUAAGUAAGUAAUGAGUGUUUCGAUUUAGAGAGAGAGCGAUGCUGAAGAGGGAGACGCAUGAAGCAGAAAAGUGAUUAGUUUUGUGUCAGUUAAGAUAGAGGAUGAGUAGAAUUUUGUAUCGUAUAUGCACUAAUAAUAAUCAUAUACGAAAGAAAAGAUAGGUCGCUAUAAUCAGAUUCAUGCCGCUUUUAUCCUUUUCGAAGGCAAAUUUCGUCUAAAUAAAUUUCUGCAGUCGCUACAAUGAAACGAUGUUUUAAUAUACACGCACAGUACGUGGUUAGAAAAUAGACGAGGAUUCAAGAGUGAAACUUUUAUCGAGUGAGUUUCGGUGAGUUCUUAGUGUGUUCUUCAAGAUACGAAAAAAAAAGAGAUUCUACCGAAAAAAAUAUCGAAAAGAUAGAUCGGUCAGUUUUUUCCGAUUUCUCUGCAAUUGGCGAUAAAUUAUUUCCUGGUUACUAGACGUUCAUCACCUCGGAAGAUCGAAAACUGCAGAUAUAAGUUAGCGCGUUCCAUGCGCAAUAAACCACAAGCGCUGGUACACCUUGAAGAAGAUUUGCGCCAAACGCAGUUGCCCAACUCCAGCAAUCUGCAGCUCGGCAAUCAUCUUCAGAAUUUAGUACACGUAAGCAAAGAGCUCUCGACCGUGAAGACGAGGCCGACGACACCCGUCCUGGCGAACGACGGAGGGGGCGGCUUCUGGCUGGCCACAGUGGCCGCGGGGGCGAGUACCCCAGCCGGGCUGCCCCCGCACGGGACCCAUCAUCCAGCCAUGGACCCGACAUGCGGAUCCGCCGAAACCGGCUUUAUCAACAGCCAGCCCUCCAUGGCCGAAUUCAUGACGGCGUUGCCGCAAUUAGCCGGGGACAGCAGCCUACAACACUCACCGGGGACCGGUGGAUCCAUCAGUCCUGGCGCUCAUCAUCCCGCAUACCACACCAUGAUGGAUCCCCACGGUGUCGCUGACCCCUCGGGUGUCAAUGUUCCUGAAUAUCCUUGGAUGAAGGAGAAGAAAACCACUAGGAAAAGUAAUCAGCAGGGUAAGAAGGCGCGACACCGAUGCUUCCAUGCUUCGUCGGUAAUUCUUGCUGGAUACCUUUUCUACAAAAAAGCCACGAAUCUACGAGUGUUUUUCCCGACGCCUUGUUCCAGGCGUCUCAUCAGUCACGUCGCUGGGUGCCAAAGCGGAGGCGUCAGCCCAGCAGACUCCUCCAAGACGCCGAUGUGUCAAUUAAUCCCUGCAUCCCUCGGGGAUAGGACUAGAAAAGCCUACGGCAGAAAAGACACAAAUAUCGGUAAGCGGAGCGAAGCUCUCCGAAGGGGGAUGGCGUAA